AGGUCUCGUGCUAACGGCUAUCAGUGGCUGAGAAAACGUGCCGGGCAGCGUACAGCCAGCUCGGAGACCCAAAAAACUAGAAAGAUGAGCCUGCAGUUCUUGUUCUUCCUCGGCCUGAGUGCUCUAGUCAGUGGAGGAGAAACCUCACACGAUGCCGAGCGGCGUAUGCAUCCGGUAUUCUCCCUUUCCCGAUCCGUAUCCCCAUCCGGAAUGGGAGGUCGCUCCAAGCGAGCCAUGCCCCAGAUCGUGUUCGAUGCCCUGCGGGCAGAGGAGCGUUACGCCGAGUACUGGCAGGGAUUGGCGGCUCAGACGCUGGACCAGCAGCUGGACAGCAAGCUGCGGCUGAACACCCAGCUGGCCAGGAAUGUGAUGCUCUUCAUUGGCGACGGCAUGUCCAUACCGACGAUCACAGCGGGUCGCGUUUAUCUCGGCGGCGAGGAGAAGCAGUUCGCCUUCGAACAGUUCCCGUAUGUGGGUCUCAGCAAAACGUAUUGCGCCAAUAUGCAGGUGGCCGAUUCCGCCUGCACAGCCACUGCCUAUCUGGGUGGAGUCAAGGCCAACUACGGAACGAUUGGAGUGAGUGCAGCGGUGCAGUUCAAGGAUUGCCAGGCGCAGGCGCAAACCGCCCACCAUGUCUCGUCCAUUGCCGCCUGGGCCCAGAAACAGGGAAUGGCCACGGGUUUGGUCACCACCACCUCGGUGACCCAUGCCUCGCCAGCCGGAGUGUACGCCCACCUGGCCAACCGGAACUGGGAGAACGACGCCGAGGUCGUUGGAGACAAUGGUGACCCCGAUCUGUGUCCAGAUGCCGCCUACCAGCUGAUAAACAGCCCGGUGGGUCAGAAGCUCAAUGUGAUAAUGGGCGGUGGUCGCGAGAACUUUCUGCCCAAAAGUGUGAUAGAUGGCAGCGGAGCACCUGGUCGCCGAUUGGAUGGACGCAAUCUCAUCGAGGAGUGGAAGAGUCAGCACACGAAUAGUGCACACUAUGUGGAGAAUCGCAGGGAUCUGCUCAGACUGUCCAAUCACACUUCUCGUGUGCUGGGCUUAUUCGCCCCCUACCACAUGGCCUACCAUCUGGACGCCAAGCCGGAGGAGCAGCCUACACUGGAGGAGAUGGUUCAGGCGGCCAUGGCCAUCCUGGAGCGGCAGAGCGCGGGACGUGGCUACUUUCUGUUCGUGGAGGGCGGACGGAUCGAUCAUGGUCACCAUGACACCCUGGCCUUGAGGGCCAUCGAUGAGACGGCGGAGUUCGACAAGGCGGUGAGAUUUGCCCGGAGUAGCACGAGUACGGAUGACACCCUGAUUGUGGUCAGCUCGGAUCAUUCGCACACCAUGUCGCUGGCGGGCUAUUCUAGCAGGAAGAACGACAUCUUCGGGAUCAACGACGGACAGCUGGCGGCGGAUGAUCUGCCAUAUGCCACUUUGAGUUAUGCCAAUGGGCCGGGCUACGAUAGCAACUACCUGAGGGAAGGAGGUGCUGUGAGGAGGAAGAAUCUGAGGGCCAUCAACAUGAAGAACAAGGACUUUAUGUUCCCCAGCACAGUUCCCCUGGAAUCGGAGACGCAUGGCGGCGAUGACGUCGCCGUCUUCGCCAGUGGGCCUUAUGCCCAGCUUUUCACUGGAGUCUACGAACAGCACUUUAUUCCGCACGCCCUCGCUUACGCCUCCUGCCUCAGUGAUCGUAAUAUGUGCGUGGAUGGGGGCGUGGCCAGAAGACCGCGUUGAAUCUGGCCGGAGAUCAAAGCUCAAAUAGAAUUUAAGAAGUCUCAGGGUAUUAUUCUCGUUUGAGAGAGAAGCCACUAGUUAAGUCAUAGUUUAAGGGGGGACAUUAAAAUAAAUACUUGAAAUCUUAAAAGA